AUGAAAUCGGUAGAAAACGAAGAUGACAGAGCGGAAAGUCGAUCCGAAACUCCGUCAUCUCGUCGUAGUGCGGAGGUGCCGCUACUGGCGAAACCACCCGCCAAAGAUGUCGCAAGGCAUCCCGGAUCAAGACUACCGGGCGACACCGAGAAGCAAGAUAGUCUUGAAGAUUUAACCCCGACCAGGAAACACCUGAUGUUGGGGAUGUUCGGGGUGCUUAUCGCCGCUACACAGUUGAUCAUAAUGAGUCUAGGUCCGUUCUUUACAAGCGAGGCGCUAGCCAAGAAUCCUGACGGAGGUCCUGGCUAUCAUAGUGCCGUAGGUGCAGUGUACAGUGCCAAGGACAUCACGGGACUCAUCACCGUCUCUGCAUUAACGUAUGAUCUGGAGAACAUCAGCAGUCGCUACUUGACUGUGCUGUGCUGUGCUACGCUUUCAGCAUCCCACAUGAUCUUUGCGUUCGUGGAUGCAAUCCAAGAUUGGAGAGUGUUUAUCACAUACUGUAUCGUCAUAAGGCUGUUGCAAGGUGCAGCCUUAGCAGCGCUGAAGGUUACCUUCAUUGCGUACACGAUGCGACUGUAUUCAACACGCUUGGGACUCGUGACCACAUUCAACAACUGCUUGUGGUCGGGCACGCAUGCGCUGAGCACAUUGCUGGGAGGUGCAUUCUUCGACCUGGUGGGUUAUCGCUAUACGUUCAUGCUUUUCUCCUUGACUAUGGCUGUAUGCACCAUCGUUGCAUUCUUCGUUAUCGUGGAUUUGGGCCAGCCACAAUGUAGCAACAGCAGAACUAGCAGUAGCAGUAGUAGCAGCAGCAGCAGCAGCAGCAGUAGACGUAACAGCAGCAGCAGCAGUGACAGCAGCAACGGAGGCAGUAACGGUCAGGAUGACAGCAUCAGCACCGGGUCGAGCAACAGCGUGCGAACGCUUCUGAGAUUGCCCUGGGUGUGGCUGAUGUGCGGCGCCAUGGUCCUAUCCGACGUGGUGUACAGCGCCAACGAAGCACUGCUCGGACCGCGGAUGAAGCUCGAGUUCAGCUCCAGCGCUACCGUGAUUGGCGCAGCUAUUGCCACGCAAACCAUCGUCACACUCUUCAUGAGUCCUGUCGUUGGUAUGAUGCUGGAUCGUGGCUGGAGCACUGUCCUGUUUGUGAUCGGCGGCUUGGUCUUGGUCGGUGUGGCAUGUCUUCUGAUAGGUCCCUCAUUGAUCUUCAACAUUACCCCGUCUCUAUGGAUUAUGUUCGUGUCCAUGGUGCCCUCCGGUGUGGGUCACGUGAUGUUGAUAGCGGCCACAUUCUGCGGCAUAACGCAGCAUGUGGAGCAGACUGGUCUGGGCACUGCGUCCAGUCUACGCGUGCCCAUAUCUGGCGUGACCUGCUUCUGUCUGGCGCUGGGUUACUUCAUUGGGCCUAUGCUGAUGAGCGCGUUGGUUGGUGGAUUGGGCUUCGCCAUGGCGUUCUCAGUGGUGAGCAUCGUGUACUUUGCCUAUGCCAUGUUGGUCUUCAGCUGGUCAUGGUUACGCAGUAGCCACAGUGCAUGUUGUCAUGGAGAUAGUGAAUCGUCCACGUCAAGAAUUGCGUCUAAGGUUGAGGAGAGCUCCGGCACAGAACUCUUACCCAUUGCAAAGCACUAG